UGUUAUAAGACAUUUUGGGGCAACCGACGGUGGUGUCAUACAGUCGCUCGCUGGUGGGACCGCUUCUCCCGGAAAAAAGGGACAAACUCCUAAAACCAGCCCGACUAAGGAAAUCAACCAGCAACUCGGACAUAAAGUCAUCGAUCCGAGCGAACUUGUAAGAGUCUACUUGUCACAUCCGGCAGCAGCCAUGUCGGGCUCCUACGACGACUCCAUGAUCGACGUCUCCAGCGACAGCUUCUGGGAGGUGGGCAACUACAAGCGUACGGUGAAGCGGGUGGACGACGGCAACAGACUGUGCAAUGACCUCAUGAGCUGCAUCCACGAGCGGGCGCGCAUCGAGAAGUCGUACGCCCAGCAGCUGAGCGAGUGGGGCAAGCGCUGGAGGCAGCUCAUCGAGAAAGGCCCCCAGUAUGGUAUGCUGGAGCGGGCGUGGUCGUCGCUGUGCACGGAAGCGGAGAAGGUCAGCGAGCUGCACAUGGAGGUGAAGGCGGCGCUGAUGGGCGAGGACUUUGAGAAGCUGAAGAACUGGCAGCGCGACGCCUACCACAAGCAGAUGAUCGGCGGCUUCAAGGAGACCAAGGAGGCCGACGACGGCUUCCGCAAGGCGCAGAAGCCCUGGGCCAAGAAGCUCAAAGAGGUGGAGACCAUGAAGAAGAUGUACCAUUCAGCCUGCAAGGAGGAGAAGCUGGCGGCCAGCCGGGAGAACAACAGCAAGCUGGAGAGCAACAACAAUCCCGAGGUCCUGAAGAAGCUCCAGGAGAAGGUGGAGAAGUGCCAGCAGGAGGCGCAGAAGACAAAGGAACGCUACGAAAAGUCCCUGGAGGAGCUGGACAAGCUGACGCCUCAGUACAUGGAGAACAUGGAGCAGGUCUUUGAGCAGUGGCAGCAGUUUGAAGACAAGCGCAUUCGCUUUUUCAAGGAGCUCCUGCUGGAAGUCAAGCAGCACUUGGACCUCUCCACCAAUCACAAGUUCCAGACGAUCUACCACACGCUGGAAGACACCAUCGUCGCCACGGACGGCGAGGAGGACCUGAAGUGGUUCCGGUCCAACCACGGUCCUGGCAUGCCGAUGAACUGGCCUCAGUUUGAGAACUUGGACUGGUCCCACGUUCACUCCUUUAAGAGAAGGUCCAUUGUAGACUGGUCCAUAGACCUGAACCGGACCCUCAGCAGGCGGGGGACGAAGAAGACCUCCGAGGGCGUCACGCUGACGGGCAUCAGUCAAACCGGGGCCGACCAGCCGGUUCAGCCGCUCAAGACUAACAACAGCAGCAUUAGCCUGAGCGCGCCCGCAAAAGCGGGCUCCAACCCGUUCGACGAGGACGACGAUGACGACGAUGAAGAGCGGGAGGUGGCCGAGGUGGCCGAGGUGGCGGAGGAGACGCCACCGCCACCGCCGGCGGCACUCAACCACAUCAGUGACAAAAAGGAGGAAGUGAAAACCGUCAGCAGCGCGGAGAGGACCCCGGACUGGUCCGACGAGGACACGGCCGCCAACCCCUUCUCGGCCAACGGCGACGGCAACCCGUUUGAGGACGAGCCGGCCUCCCCGGUGGUCUCGGUGCCCGUCCGGGCUCUGUACGACUACGAGGGGCAGGAGCAGGACGAGCUCACCUUCAAAGCGGGUGACGAGCUGACCAAAAUCGGCGAGGAGGACGACCAGGGCUGGUGCAAAGGUCGACUCAAGGACGGCAAAAUCGGGCUCUACCCCGCCAACUACGCGGAGGACCUCCAGGAGUGACCGCAAGUGAGUCAGGUCGAUGGAGACAAAGGUGGCCUUCUCGCCAACAUUUCCCGUGUUUUUGUGUGGCGUGGUAAGAGAAGUGAGCCCACAAAAGGACCUUCCCAAGAUGGAGGAUCACUUAAGUUUGGCAUUAAGACACUUGUUGACGCUGUUACAAAUUAAAAAAAAAAAGGCUCAUCAAUUAAAAUACAGUAAACACUGGGCCUGAUGGAAGGUUUCAUUAAACACAAGCCGCUACGGACUUGGACACGAUUGGGUGGGUUGGUGGCGGGCUUAGUUCACGCGACUUUGAUUUCAGUCUUGUGGCGCCCUCGUGUGGUUCACGUCGGGGUUGAAGUCUUCUUUGGCACUGCACUUGAAUGUAAACUCACUGAUUGUAUUUUGUUCAUGAGCUGUCCGCCGACUUUAAAUGCUGUUGUUGUACAUUCAACCACUGACCUAAUUAUAUGCAAUCCUCUCUACUUUUGAUUCUAGAUUGUAUGUACAUAUAUAUAUAUUUUUUGCCUUUUAUUCGACACUGAAUAUCUUCCAGAAGGCUUGAAGCGCCACCUCAGUUUCAAGUAUGGGAGUUUAUUUUUUAUUUUCUAUUCUUCAAUACGGCAUACAACCGCGGCAAGAUACGGUAUUUUGUUACAGGCACAUAUAAAUGCCACAAAUUAAGCUUUGGAAUGGUAGGAAGUUGAUAAUUGUUAAUUUAUGAUACCCUUAAGUGCUCUUUGUUCUGUUCAAAUGCGCUGACUGAGAAUCAGUUUGUACAAAAAUUGAAUGUUUUAUGUUAUUCUCCUACUUUCCAACGUGAUUAUUUUUCCCUUUUUGCAUGGGGCCAAAUUCUUACAAUUAAUCGGCUAGUCUAUGAAUUGUUACUGACUUUAUUCCAUUUUUUUUUUUUAAACAAAUCAGUUAUGAUGAUGAUAGCCUUACCCUGGGAGACAUUUUUCAUUUGUGUAGCCAUGAUUUCAUGAUUAAAAAACGAGAGCCAACCCUGAUGCCUUUAAAUCCAGAAAUGAAUUCCCCUGGUGCCUUUAAAUCCAGAAAUGAAUUGCCAAGUUUUUGCCAAGUUUUCAGGACACGUUGUCAUUUGCACAGCUCAUGUUUGUAAAUGUUGUCCCACACAACAUAAUAAAUGAAUUUAUUUCAGUAA